UCUUACCAAAGCAUGCUUUGUUUACUGUUUACAAUAAAAAAAAAAAAAUAAAUUAAUAAAGUAAAUAAAUUAAAUACAAAUAACAUAACUAAAUUGGUCGAAAUGGCAGGUCGCGGAAGAGGUGUCAAAACUGGGUCUUUAACGCAGGAGCAAUUACAAACACUGGGAUGCGUGGGCAAAGACAUGCCGCAAGUAGCUCAAGCACCCCCACCUACUUUUCCACCUUUAAUGUCCAAGCCGGUUACGAUUGAAACAACUGCAUCCCAAAACUAUCAAAUACUUUGGAAAGAAGAUUUUCUGACACACAUGCGAGAUUCCGCCUACUUCCUACAGCCAGCAGACAAGUCGAUGGGUAGUAGAAACCCAACACGUUGCAGCAAUAAGGGCUUGAAUGGAUCAGAUUGCAUCAAAAUGAAGCCCAAAAUUGAAUUCAAUUGGUCAUUGAUGCCAUCAGAAUUACAAAUGGCGAACAAAAAGCGUCGAGUGAAUGCCAGUUCCUUAGUUGCUACAAAAAAAGCAAAAACAAGCAAUAUUGAAGAUCGCUUAAAGGUACUAGAAGAGAAGGAACGUACUGAUGAUGACACAGAUAUAGCUAAUAGAGCCAAUUCUGAUUCUGAACAAGAAGCCGAGGAAGAAAUCGGCGAAGAUGUUGAUGAUGAAAUGGAUGACGAAAAUGAUUAUGGCAACGCAUACUUUGAUAAUGGGGAGGCUUACAAUGAAGAAGAUGAUAACCUAGAUGAUGGCCCAAUUUAUUAGGUUUGUUUUCUUAUAUGCAGUUAUGCAGGAUUUCUUCCAUGAUCUUUGCUUCUCGUUCUCGUAUUGGAAAAUACAACGUUUUAGAACUUUUUUUUUGCCGCAUAAAGCUUUCAAGAGAAUCAAACAGGAAGACCUAAAAAAAUUGUAUCGAAUUACCCGUACCGUUGUGAAAGAGUCGAGUUCAUCGAAUUAAAUUUUUUGAUACAUUGUCAUAUAAUCUAUAAUUUUAA